AUGGCCGCUUCUCCCGCAGGCGCCGCGGAGGCCCGCCUGAGCCCGCCGCGGGACGGCGCGCGCGAUGAAAGUGUCCCGGGCAGCGCGGCCGCGCGGCGGGCCUCGCCCAAUGGCCGCGGCGCCGUCCGCCUGCCUCUUCCUGUCCAGCCUGCGCGAGUGGCCCGCGGCCCGCGUGGCCCCGGAGGAGCCGCCGGCCGCCCGCGAGGCUGCGGCCGCCCGCUCCGCCCCGGCCGUCCCUGCCUCGCUCGCGCGCCCGCCGCGCCCCCGUGCCGCGCCAACGCCUCGGCGGCCGCGCACCCCGACUUCGCCGCGCAGCCCCCGCACGUGCGCGACUUCCUGCUGCACCGCCACUGCCGCGACUUCCCGCUGCUGCAGGACGCGCCGCCCGCCAAGUGCGCGGGGCCCGUCUUCCUGCUGCUCGCCAUCAAGUCCGCGCCCGCCAACUACGAGCGCCGCGAGCUCGUGCGCCGCACCUGGGGCCGCGAGCGCCGGGCGCGCGGGCUGCCGCUGCGCCGCCUCUUCCUCGUGGGCACCGCGCGCGACCCGCUGCAGGCCCGCAAGCUCAACCGCCUGCUGCGCAUGGAGGCGCGCGCGCACGGCGACAUCCUGCAGUGGGACUUCCACGACGCCUUCUUCAACCUCACGCUCAAGCAGGUGCUGUUUCUGCGGUGGCACGAGACCAGGUGCACCAACGCCAGCUUCCUGCUCAACGGCGACGACGACGUCUUCGCGCACACGGACAACAUGGUCUCCUACCUGCAGGGCCAGGACCCGGGCCGCCACCUCUUCGUGGGCCACCUGAUCCAGAACGUGGGCCCGAUCCGCGCGGAGUGGAGCAAGUACUACGUGCCGCGCCUGGUGACCGAGGCCGAGCGCUACCCGCCCUACUGCGGCGGCGGCGGCUUCCUGCUGUCGCGCUUCACGGCGGCCGCGCUGCGCCGCGCCGCGCGCGCGCUCGACCUCUUCCCCAUCGACGACGUGUUCCUGGGCAUGUGCCUGGAGCGCGAGGGGCUGCGGCCCGCCUCGCACGGCGGCGUGCGCACGGCCGGCGUGCCCGCGCCCGCGCGCCGCCUGUCCUCCUUCGACCCCUGCUUCUACCGCGAGCUGCUGCUCGUGCACCGCUUCCUGCCCUACGAGAUGCUGCUCAUGUGGGACGCGCUCAGCCAGCCCCGGCUCGACUGCGGCAAGCGCGCGCGCGUCUACUGAGGCCGCCGCCACGGGGUCCCGGCCUCUGCGCUCCGUCUGCGCCCCGCCCGCGUGGGGAAGGGGCGGCCCCUUCCUCCCCGGAAGCUGAGCUGCUCGCCCUCCGCCGUGAGCCCCGCGUAGGGGAGUGCCGGGGAAGGUUGGAGGAGUGAACGCUCUGGCCGGCGAACUCCUACACAUCCUCCAAAACCCAUCUGGUGGGCCGGGCGCGCUGGCUCAUGCCUGUCAUCCCAGCGCUCUGGGAGGCCCGGGCGGGAGGAUCGCUCAAGGUCAGG